AUGUACCUCUUUAAGUUCUCUCACCUCUUCAUUCAGUGCUGUGUGCACCUCUUUAAGUUCCCUCACCUCUUCAUUCAGUGCUGUGUGCACCUCUUUAAGUUCUCUCACCUCUUCAUUCAGUGCCGUGUGUACCUCUUUAAGUUCCCUCACCUCUUCAUUCAGUACCGUGUUUACCUCUUUAAGUUCUCUCACCUCUUCAUUCAGUGCUGUGUGUACCUCUUUAAGUUCUCUCACCUCUUCAUUCAGUACCGUGUGUACCUCUUUAAGGUCCCUCACCUCUUCAUUCAGUGCCGUAUGUACCUCUUUAAGUUCUCUCACCUCUUCAUUCAGUGCCGUAUGUACCUCUUUAAGUUCUCUCACCUCUUCAUUCAGUGCCGUGUGUACCUCUUUAAGUUCUCUCACCUCUUCAUUCAGUGCCGUGUGUACCUCUUUAAGUUCCCUCACCUCUUCAUUCAGUACCGUGUGUACCUCUUUAAGUUCCCUCACCUCUUCAUUCAGUGCCGUGUGUACCUCUUUAAGUUCUCUCACCUCUUCAUUCAGUGCCGUGUGUACCUCUUUAAGUUCUCUCACCUCUUCAUUCAGUGCCGUGUGUACCUCUUUAAGUUCUCUCACCUCUUCAUUCAGUGCCGUGUGUACCUCUUUAAGUUCCCUCACCUCUUCAUUCAGUACCGUGUGCACCUCUUUAAGUUCUCUCACCUCUUCAUUCAGUGCCGUGUGUACCUCUUUAAGUUCUCUCACCUCUUCAUUCAGUGCCGUGUGUACCUCUUUAAGUUCUCUCACCUCUUCAUUCAGUGCUGUGUGUACCUCUUUAAGUUCCCUCACCUCUUCAUUCAGUGCUGUGUGUACCUCUUUAAGUUCUCUCACCUCUUCAUUCAGUACCGUGUGCACCUCUUUAAGUUCCCUCACCUCUUCAUUCAGUGCCGUGUGUACCUCUUUAAGUUCCCUCACCUCUUCAUUCAGUACCGUGUGUACCUCUUUAAGUUCCCUCACCUCUUCAUUCAGUACCGUGUGCACCUCUUUAAGUUCUCUCACCUCUUCAUUCAGUGCUGUGUGUACCUCUUUAAGUUCCCUCACCUCUUCAUUCAGUACCGUGUGCACCUCUUUAAGUUCCCUCACCUCUUCAUUCAGUACCGUGUGUACCUCUUUAAGUUCUCUCACCUCUUCAUUCAGUACCGUGUGUACCUCUUUAAGUUCUCUCACCUCUUCAUUCAGUGCUGUGUGUACCUCUUUAAGUUCCCUCACCUCUUCAUUCAGUGCUGUGUGUACCUCUUUAAGUUCCCUCACCUCUUCAUUCAGUGCCGUGUGUACCUCUUUAAGUUCUCUCACCUCUUCAUUCAGUGCUGUGUGUACCUCUUUAAGUUCCCUCACCUCUUCAUUCAGUGCUGUGUGUACCUCUUUAAGUUCCCUCACCUCUUCAUUCAGUACCGUGUGUACCUCUAA